AUGGCGUCUACGUUCCAGGAUGCGUGGCAAAUUGCGCUCGUGGCUGAGCAAGAAUUAACACGGUGCCUCGCUGAGAAAGAACCGACCUUUGUGGAAUUCUCUCAAUUCUUGUCCGACUUUCGCACUGCGUGCCAAAAUGCCAUUCUCCUUGAUUUCGAUGCUGCCCGCGAACGAGAUGCCGAAGGUCGCCUGUGGGACGCGCACCUGAAACUGAACAACCGGUUUCGCAAGAAGCUUUCUCGUCACAAGGAGGAAAAUGUCAAAAAGAAGCCGGUGGAGAAACGGAAACUCGAGAAGCAUUAUCUCGAUUUCAUCAAAUCGAGUCAGCGAUUUUACCGUGGAUACAUUCAACAUCUUUCAUCCCAUUUUGGUGGCAUUCUGGAAUUGGAGAAAGUUGCGCGCAAGUUCAAUUUCGAGAACUUGUCGGCACAACCCCCGUCCAGUGUCACGCCCGAUCUGCGCAAACGAAUUCUUCAAUCCUGCCAUGCAACACUCAUUCGUCUGGGCGAUCUUUCUCGAUAUCGGGAAACGGAACUAGUUGCUAAGGAUCGCAAUUGGGGACCUGCCAUUGGCUACUAUGAUCUCGCUUCAGUAGUCUACCCUACAUCUGGUGCAUCACACAACCAGUUGGCAGUUAUCGCACUUGCAGAUGGAAAUCACUUUCGUGCUACCUAUCAUCUCUACAGGGCCUUGUCCGCUAGAGAUCCCCAUCCAUCGGCGAAGGGUAACCUGGAGAUUGAAUUUAGAAAGGUCAUGAAUGCAUGGGCUAAGCGAGAAUUGAUUCGCCCCGAAGAUGCAGGCAUUCCAGGCCGAGCUCUGGCUCCCUGGUUUGUCUAUCUUCACGCACAAUGCUACAAAGGCAAUGACUUCCCCGAGCAUGAUGAGCUAGAAAGUGAGGUAAUGAGCCAGCUGGCCGUGGAUAUUAGAGAACAAAGGUCCUUAGAGGGCACCCUCCAGAAAUUCUGUCUCGUCAAUAUCGCUGCAGAGGAUUUCGCUCGAGCGCGAUCGACUGAAGAAUCGGCAAAUGCACGCAUCUUCUUCCAGCGAGUCAACGUGAAAACUUUCUUCACGUUGCUACAAAUUCUACUGGUUGAGUUGGAGCGAUUCGCUGUGGAGGACUCAAUCAACAAACCCACCGAUAAUGGGCCAGACAAAGUAACCGCGGUUGCACGUCGGAUAUUGCCUGCAUUGAGGCACUACAGCUCCUGGCUUUUGGCCACCAGUGACUUCCUUAUUGCGCAGAAAGAAGAGAAAGAUUCAGCUCUUUCGAUUCAAAUAAAGGAAUUUUGGAAGAUUUAUGCUGGAACAUUGACUCUCCUAGCGUCUACGUUCGAAAUCAUACAUCUUCCGGAGGUCGACUAUCUUCUCGAAGAGGACGAAGAAAGCCUAGGGUUUGCGCCUUUAGAUCAAAAAGCCACAAUCCGUCGAUAUUGUACGCCAAAUGGGGAGAUCAAACCUAGAGUGACUGACCCUAAAAUUGAAAGAAGCCAUCCCAAUAUGGAGAUGCUAUACCGCGUUCGGGAAUUCGUCAUUGAUGGUCUUGAUCUAGUGGUUGGAAAUAGAAUCCCCAUCGCUCUCAUUGACGAUGAAGAUAAGAAGACAUUUAUCUACCAGGAGGAUGGAUUGCCUUCUCAGAUCUUCUCCAGCCCUCAUGGUCGCCCUGAUACGCUUCUUAGCGCCAACAUUGAGCGCGAGGACAUUCCACCGCCAACUCAAGACUCCAAUUCCGUUGCUGAGGGCCGCAGCAUGUUCGGUGGCUCACAGUCUGCUUCGGCAUCCAUAGCUGCUAAUAUGCACGGGAUUGUGGAAGGUGUUGAGCGUCUGGUCGAAUCUGACACAUAUGAAAACCCAACCGGCCUUGAAAACCAGUUUGCGUCUUUCUUGAAUGAUACCGGGGAUAUGCCCACUCCGUCUGGUCACAUGAAGUCAAGCCCCCAUGCCUUCCCUUUUACCGAGCAAAAUAUACAGUCCCUUGGGAUGCCCAUGGCACCACCUGGGCUUGGUCCACCUGUCCCAAACGUGACGGAGGCUCUUCAUGCAUCUUCGUCUCAGUCGUACACUCCACUUCCCACUCUGCCCAAUUUCUCAAAUAUCUGGAAUACUUCUUCUUCCGGUCCCCUAAGAAACGGUGCAUCCCCUCGAACUCCGCCAGGUCUAGGCCCACGGUCUCCAAUGCACCAAAUGACCCCAGGCAAUCCCAACCUCUCUGGGCGGUCUCCUUCUCAGGAUCAGAUUAACAACGAGCUGCUCCAUCAUGGUAUUAUGGGCCAACCACAAUUUUCAAGCUCGCAAGAAGCAUCAUCGUCCAACCCAUCGUGGAUGGCAGCGUCUAAUGUCUCCCCGGCGCUACCUCAGCCCGGUCCCACAAACGCAUGGGAUCGAGAAUCGAUCGGCCGAAUGACAUUUGGUUCUUACGAACUGCCGACCCAGGGUAUGUCGAGUAUGCCGGCAUCGGCAUGGGCCAACGAAGCCUUCAUUGCCAACAGCCUCGCAUCCGGUCCUGGCCAAUACAACCCUGGCCUUAGCAGCCACCGCAGGUCGGCAACCCAACUUGGUGCAAUUGGACAAAGUCCUCCAUGUGGACAGGGAGGCUGA